AGAUUCGUUCUCUGAUAUCUAUCUACUGGAUUUCGGUUUUAGAAUAAUAUUUUGUACAACAAAAGUACGGCUAGGCUUUUUUUUUGGUCAACGCACGGCCAGGAUUUUGCUUGUACAAAUCCCAAGUGUGCUAGGAAAAAGAGUUUUUUACCUUGUUAAAAAUUAUAAAUAGUCUUGUAAAUAACGUGUUUUGAUCGACUAGUAUCUUGAGAGAGAUUUUCUCCAAAUCUUCAAAGAAUCACCGGCGAUGUUCUUUUGCUGCAUUAGGAAGAAAACUUUGACGAUAAUCAAAGAGGAGCGGGAUCAUAUGGAUAGGAUAAGUGAGUUGCCUGAUGCGUUGCUCUUGAAAAUAUUGUCAUAUUUGCCAACAAAAAAAGUUGUGACCACAAUGGUUUUAUCGAAACGAUGGAAGUAUCUUUAUACGCUUGUGCCAACACUUGAAUAUGAUCAUACUAGUUAUCAAGAUGGUGAGGACAGGAGCUUCUCGCGGUUCGUUUACUGUUCUUUGCUUUUACACGAGGCUCCAGUUCUAAGAGUGUUGUCUAUCGUACUUGGUCAAAACACUGGUGCUAUAGAUAUUGGAGUUUUUGUUAGAACCGCUAUUAAACGCCAUGCGCGUCACCUGAUGAUUGAGAUUGAUGAUACUUGUUCUGCUGAAACUAUCAAUCCAGUGAUGCUUCCUACUAGCUUGUAUACAGGUUGUACAAUGCUUGUGAGUUUGUGGGUAAACAAUGUGGUUCUUAUGGAUUCGUCUUCUACGGUUUCCUUCCCAUCCCUCAAAACUUUGUUCCUUAAAUCAGUGAAGUACCCAAAUAAUGAAUUUGUCCCCAAGAUUUUAGCUGGUUGUCCUGUUCUUGAAAAUUUAUUCGUGGAUCGAUGCCCCGGUGACAAUGUGAACCUUUUCGUAGUUAGAGUGCCCUCUUUGAAGAUCCUAUUGUUAAAAAAAGCAUCGGACAUCCAUUCUGACGGGUUUUUAAUAGAUGCUCCUUGUUUGGAGCUCAUAGGGAUUAUUGAUAAUACGAAAGGAUUUUGUGGUAUUGAGCAUAAUAUGCCUAAGAUUGAUGCGGCAAAUGUGUGUGUUACUUGUAAUCGUACCGAACAGAUUCUUUCUUCUCUUACAUCACUCCAGCAACUUAGACUAUGUUUAAUGACCUCAAAGGAUGCAUAUCCUGAAGGAAUAUCAUUUAACCGGCUUGUAGAAUUGACUCUGUGUACAUCUGCACCGGAAUGGUUGAAUCUACUUAUGCGUCUUCUCAAAGAUUCACCCAGACUAAGAGUCCUCAGACUAGAACAAGUCCAUCUCGAUGAGGCUGUGAAUCCACGGCCGUCCUGGAACGAACCUACUCAUGUUCCUAGCUGUUUAUUGUCCAGUCUCGAAACUUUUGAAUGGUCACAAUACGAAGGAAGAGAAGAAGAGAUCAAAGUCGCAAAAUUCAUCAUAAGAAACUCUGCUUGUUUAAAGAAUGCAACUUUCUAUCCUAAAUCUACUGAUCCUACAGAGAAGCUUGAGAUGCUAACUGAAUUAUCAGUGUCACCGAGGAGUUCUUCAAUAUGUCAGCUUGAUUUCGGUCGUGGGACUCCUACAGUUAGGAACAUUAUUUAUGAUCACCGUUUGAUGAAACGUGUAAGACAGACAUUCCACCAGUAGAUUGAUAAAAAAUAAAUGGUUUCCCUUAAACUAGACAAGAUGACUUCUCACAUUUUUUGUUGUUGUUAAAUGGAUAUAUUUAUUUAAGAUUAUUU